AUGGCGGACCGCCCAACGACGGCCAGCGGGCGUCCAGCGACCGCUGGGCGGCCCAUGACCUCAGCAUCCGCCUACAACCCCUUCGUCCGCGACCAGCAGUACACCGUCGGUGCAGACUCCAUAUACACCGACGGCGACGGCGAGUACGACGACGAGGACGACGAGUCCGAGGACGAAGAUGUCUUUGCUUUUCUCCCCCCAUCCACAGCCGACGCAGACGCGGAGCGCCAGCAGCAGCUACAACACCAACAACCAGCCCCCCUCGCUUAUCCUGAACCUGCGUUCGACCCCUACGCCCGCUUCCCCGCCGACUCCCUCCUCGUCGGCCCCUCCUCACACGGCUUCCCCUCCCCCGUCGAUGAGGAGCCGCCGCUCAAGCCAUCUCUCCCACCGCCCCAGUCACCCCCGUCAACAGCCUCCCACGACACCCCCGGGGGCGACAACGAUUUCCACAUGCGCAGGAUACCCCAGUCCGUCCCCCAAACCGCGACUGGCACCGUUUCCUCGCGUGAGGUACACGUAUCGCUCCCGCCCACCGCAUCGGAGAAGGCGAGCUACCUGGACCGCGAUCUCGAAGCCGCCGGAGGCACCAAUAAGCAGCGCUAUGCCAGCGAAAUCAGCGAUGCCAGCGGCUUCAGCACCCCCGUCAGCGGUUUCGUGGAUGACGACGAUGACCUCGGCCCAGAGGGCAGCAUCAAGUGCGUUUGCCCCGCUUCGCGACCGCCCCGCGCCAGAAACUGA